AGGCGUCCCACUUACAUCUCUUCGUCAACUGUUGGGGCAAUGUUUUGGUUGAGGCACCUCUGGGGAUUAGUCACAAAACAUACUGUAUACGUCAUACAACUGACAUUCUCGCGAUAAACAAAGGCAAAACAAAAUAUAACAGUAACAGUAGCGUAUCGCGCACAGCUGUUAAAUCAUUUCUUACAAUUAGUGACUACUAUUGGGCCUGCCCCCUCUCGAAACUUAAAUAAAAAUGCAUGCCGUAAUGGCCAAACGUCUGCUACCACACCAGCCUUCGAUGGAUGAGCCCUAUCCGGAGGAGGAUCCAGACAGCCCGGCCAUUGAGGCAGCUGCCUUAGCCAUACAACCAACAGCGGCAGACCAGCAACCAGAAAAAGCCUUCUGGGAGCGCUUAAAGGGCAAUCGCAAGUUCCAGCCCACGGCCGAUGGCAGCUCCCAGCUGCGUUUUGAGAUUAUGCUAGCGCAUAUAAUGCCACGCGACAUAGUGGAUGCCAAGAUCAAGCGCUUUGUGGUCUACGAACUAACUGUGCGCCAGGACACCAACGUCAUGGACGAGCAGCCAGCCAAGAUUGAGCGUCGAUAUACGGAUUUUCGUGAACUGUAUCAGUGUCUUAAGCGCGAGCAGCCACAAGCGCUGAACAACAUAAGUUUUCCAAGCAAAGUGCUUAUGGGCAACUUUUCGCCGGAGCUAAUAGGCGAGCGCAGCAUUGCCUUUGAGGAUUUCCUCACACAUGUUGCUGGGCAAGUUAAGCUGCGUGACUCUGAGCCAUUCUUACGCUUUCUGCAGCAUGAGGAGUUGACAAAGGCUUGCCAAUAUCUGGACGAGCGACGCAAUGAAAUGGCCAUACCGUUGCUGGAGAACUGCUUUCGGCUACUGAACAAGGUCUACAUGAAUCGUUCGCGUCCUGUUCUUUUAAUACUCUGCCGUCUGGUCGCAGCCUGCACUGCCUCCCCGGUACCACAUCAUUCAGCGGAGCGAUGGGCUCUGCUAGCGUUAAGUCGCUUUGACACGCUUUGCGACAUUGAUUUGCUGCCUCUUUAUAUUCCAUUGCUGCACACCUGUGCGCAUCUCUGGUGGCAGCGUGGCCUGGAUCAAAAACCCAUUACGGAUCGCUUGACUGAAAUGUCCAAACAGGGCAUCAACACUGCUAACAUCACAAGCCUGGUGCAAGCUAUUCACAAGUUAGAUCCACGCACCGAAACCAUUUGAAUUCAAUUAACAUACCCAUAAUCAUCCAAUACUCCAAUACACUCGUAGAGCCCUUAAUGCUAAGCAAAAAGUGCAAUUAGUAAACGUUAUCGUGUAUUUAGCAUUUAAUGUAAUUAUAAAUAUUAUUUGUUCGUUGUAAUUCCUCUACUGGCGAUGUAUUUGUCCGAAAACUUGUUCUUGUGAUUGUAAAAUUUUCAAUGAUUCCAUAUUUAUUUAAUAUUUAAUUCCAGCAUGUAAAUGUAUGUAUAAUUGUUUCUUGUGAUUUGUACCUUUUCGAAUAAUAAGUUUAACCAUAUUAUUUUCCGUUUGAAUGC